GCUCGGUGCCGCAAAAUUGAGAGACAAGGGAGGAGGAAAGUACAAAGAAGUAAAGAACACUUCAAUCGACAAAGGAUAUUUUUCUGAGUUAAUAAUGGAAGCAGCAACAAGUAGCAACAGUUCUGACAUGGAAACAAAGAUGGAGCAGCCUCAAGUUAUAUACCGCUGUAAAAAAUGCCGGAGAAUGGUUGCUGCACUUGAAAAUGUGGUUUUGCACGAACCAGGAGCAGGGGAACAAUGUUUUAAAUGGAAGAAGAGAAGUGGGGAGACUGAACCACCUGGAUGCUCUUCCAUAUUUGUUGAGCCCUUGAAGUGGAUGUUGGACAAAGUGUAUGAAGGCAACAUUGGAGAAAAGCUUCUGUGCGUAGGUUGCAAUGCUCGAUUGGGGUCCUUCAAUUGGGCAGGCAUGCAAUGCAGUUGUGGUAAAUGGGUCAACCCUGCGUUUCAGCUGCAUAAGAACCGAAUAGAUGAAUGCCCUUCAUGAAUUAAGAGUUGUCAGGCCAGUAUAACAGAUACAAGUUAAACGUAAUCUUCAAUGGAUUUGUGAAGAUGGAACAAAAAUAAUUUAUGAGUUACUAAUAUAGGCUAGCUUAGAAUAAUUCUUUGUACUGCAGUUGUGCUACUUUAAAUUGAAGGUAUCUGAUAUCUAUCUAAAUUAUAAUUGUGAAUCUGUGGUUCUAAAUCUAGUCUAUGGUUUGCGACAAAGAUCAGGAGUCUCUCUUAGUUUUACUUUCUUGGAAUGGGUAGUUCUGUUGUUUCCUGAUUGUAACUGUCCGG